UAGUAAAUAAUCUUAUGAACUAAGCAUAGGUCGGAACGUAGACGGCAUAGUUCGAGGCUUUCUAGACCUAAGAUUUCAAGCCUGGGGGGAAUAGGGAAUUUUAUUUCGAGCAGAAGAUUUGAGAACUCUCCUAGUAAAAUAUCUCUGGACCCUCUCUAACGUAAUGAUGUCUGAAAUACAGUGAGGGUUCCAGGCAGGUGAAGAGUGAUCAAGUAUAUUUUCAAUCACCCCUUGAUGUUUUGUCACCAUUUGAGCUGAGGUUUUCACUUGGUUUAAAAUGUGAAAGAUAUUGGUUGGCUUAAAUCCAUCCACCAAACUGGAAAGGGGAAUGUUUUAAUCCAGUGCAACAAGCAAAAGAGGAAUUUUUUUAAAACCAUUUUUUUCUUUCUAGCCCUCCCAAAAUACUGUUUUCAAAAAUGAUUAGUUAUAGUAAACGUUGGUCACAAUGUAAAAAUCUCAUUAUAGCAAAAAGAAACAAACCAAUGAAAACAAUUGCUACUGCUCCGAUUUCAUAAAAGUGCUUUCUCCCACCAGAAACAGAGAUCCAUUGAUACCAUUCACACAAACGCCAAUGGAUUAAAUUAAAAUCUUCCUGAAAAAGAGAGAAUAAAAGCCGGAUACUUACAGGAAGCAUACCUGUUUUUAUGAGUGCAGCUAAUCAAGCUGCAGGAUCUUCGGGCUGUCAGACACUGUCCCCAGGCAAUUUUCGACUUUUUGCUCAAAUGGGUCAAGUUCCUUAUUUUUAGAUUGGUAAGAAAUAUAUUCAUUUUUUUUUUUUUAAAAAAGAAUAGAUUUGUAGCAAAGGAAAAAGCGCCUUCACCAUUCAAACCAAAAGAUAUAGUGUCAAUGUCCUGUUAGAGCAAACGGAUUGCCAAAAAAAAAAAGAAAAAGAGUUAAAUUUCAACCUGUCCCUCUGCAGAUUUCUCUUUGAUUGUAGGUUCUGAUGCAGGAUGACCCCACUGAGGCUCUGCACUAUUUUUUGUCCCUGAGAAACUGUCUACCUUUAUGUCCUCUUUCCUCCCAUAUAAGAAGAAUUUCAGGAUUGCAAAGAAUACUCUGAACGGGGGAUUCUUUUUCCUCUUUUGCACAAUCUUCUUUUAAAACACCGCAGUAUUUGUUCUGGUGUCCUGUUCCCAGAAGCAUUUUAUGAAUGGCAAACAGCUGGCUGAAGGACACCGAGUCUACAAACAGGGGAAGGGGAAUGAUGACCCUUGAUGGGGAAAACAAUUGUUAAGAUUAGUGAUAUCAGAUUUGUUGACUUCCAGGUAGGUCUCAUUCAGCAAAGCCCCCCUGGGAAGCUAAGGGGCAAGAGGAAAAUUGCUCAGGUUUUAGCAGGAUCUUUAUAUUCAAGAAAGUCAUCUUCGCUAUCUCCAGGAACCCCCAAAAGCCCAUCUUUAGGGAUCUUGUUUGAGCAUCUCUCUUCUAUAAACCAUGAGAGACAACCUUUGUUCUACUGUCAGAAACUGUGUUAUGUACAGAGAGUUAAUUUUUACCGUAAAUUAUAGACUGGGUUGAUAGAAAGUGCCUGAAACAGGCCCUAAACUGAUAACACCAAGUCUGGACAAUGUGAGCUUCAAAACAUUGGCUCAGUCAAUCUCGUAGGCAGGAACUAGCUGGCCCUGCCCUGCUAUUUUAAGGGGACCCAAAGAGAGAUCAAGGAAUAGAACAGCUGUUCAUUCUUAUUGAAAUUUCUGUGAUCUGAAAGAUAUAAUUUUGGCAGGACUGUCUAUCCUUGAUGGCUUCUUUGAGCUCAUAUACGCCGCUCCUUGUAUCAUCCGUGAAGGUGACACAGAUAUGGUGAUUAGUCAUCUCUUCCAUUGGCCUUUGAUUUUUCAAAGCAUCUCCAAUGAUUGUUGGGUUUGAAUGAAGGGUUGAGAAAAAUCUGCCUUCGUUAUUAGCAACCUUGAUCAAGCAUUGGGUGGUUUGUUUUUCUACUACUCCAAGGUGUAAUUCCAAGCCUCCAGCUUGUUCUUCCUUCAGUUUUUCUGAGGGUCCAGCUCUUAGAGCUAUACAUUAAAACUGGCAACAUUACAAGUCCUGACAGUAAGGACUUUUAUUGUCAACGUGAUGCAUCUGAGCUUGCUCAUGAUCUGUCACAUUCAGCUAUCUCUUUGUUUGUGGGCUAGAAACCCAGAACUUUGGAGCCUACGUGGAUAUCAGCCCCACUUCUCCAACUAUUUUCAUUGAGUUUGCGUUGCUUGUGGACCAAUAUUUGAUUCUUUCAACAUCGUGCAACUGUCUUUUGUAAAAUCAUCUUCCACCUUCAGUGAUUCUUUUUAGUUUUUCCUCCUGUCCAGCCACCCAUGGGGCAUCAUCAGCUACUCUGAGCUGGUUGUUAUUUCUCCCAGCCAUUUAAAUCCCAGUUUUGGUUUCUUCUCAUGAUGUGUUCUCCAUAUAUAUCAAAUGAACAAGGUGUCAUCUUUCCUAAUUAAGUGGCUCCAAAUUCUGUCCUGUUGCUUCCUGGGGAUUAUAUACAUUUAUGAAAUACAUUGUUCAACGGGUUGUUUGCAUUAUUAGGCCACUGCAGAAAAUUCGGAUUAGCCGCAGCAGAAGCAUCUUUUUUCAGCCCAACUUUUCUGAGUUGGAAAGGCUGGCCAGGCCGGCCGAGGAAUUCUGGAAGCCCAUCAUCCCUUUUCCAGAUGCCAAGUUUGAAAAAUAUGGGCUUCUCCGAGAAAGUGCACAUUUUAUUCGUUUGGUACAGGAGACCCCGAGACCCGCAUCGGAAACCUUCGCUUCCCUGCAGCCCCCACCAAAACGGUCAAGAAGGACAGCUCCGCCCGGCGUACUACAUCUCCCAGAGUGCCAAGGGCGGCACGGGGCAGAGAGGGAUCGCGCGCGCGCAAGGCCCUCUGGGACUCCGAGUCCUCCCGCUCGUCUCGAGGCCGUCGCGGCCGCCCUGCUUGGCUCUCGACGCGCCGGCGGCUCCCAAGCGGGGAAGAGCGCGGAGUGCGCCUGCGCGCCAAUCUCGGGGCUCUAAGGCAAGGGGACGCGCUAGCCGAGCGCGCCUGCGCAGCGGCCGACUCCGGAGGAUCUCUCGCGAGGAAGGACGCCAUUAUCGCAGCCGCCCGGCCAAACACCACGAGAAUUCGGCAAGGCAAACGUCCUUCCUGUAUUCCAUCAACCAAACGAUAUGCCUGCGGCUGGAUAGCAUCGAAGCCAAGCUGCUGGCCCUGGAUGCAACCUGCAAGUCCCUGGAAGAGAAACUGGACCUUGUCAUGAACAAGCAACAUAGCCCCAUCCAGGUGCCCAUGGUGGCAGGAUCCCCUCUGGGGGCCACCCAGACAUGCAACAAAGUGAGAUGUGUUGUCCCUCAGACCACAGUAAUUCUCAACAACGACCGUCAGAACUCGAUUGUAGCCAAGAUGGUGGGCCAGGAAGAGCCGUUAAGCCGAGCAGCUGAUUCACUGGAAAAUAUCCUUAACAAUGCUGUUCCCGGGCGGAGGCAGAACACCAUUGUGGUCAAAGUCCCAGGGCAUGAUGAUAGCCACAACGAAGAUGGAGAGAGUGGCUCUGAAGCCAGCGACUCGGUUUCAAACAGCGGCCAGCUAGGAAAUCAGAAUAUUGGGAACAACGUCACCCUUAUUACAUUGAAUUCUGAAGAGGAUUAUCCUAGCGGGACGUGGCUUGGGGACGAAAACAAUCCCGAGAUGCGUGUGCGCUGCCCUAUCACCCCGGCAGACAUGCUCCACAUCAGCACCAAUUGCCGGACUGCCGAGAAGAUGGCGCUGACGUUGCUCGACUACCUUUUCCAUCGAGAAAUCCAGGCGAUCUCUAACCUUUCUGGCCAAGGGAAGCACGGGAAGAAGCAACUCGAUCCUCUCAUGAUUUACGGCAUCCGUUGUCACCUUUUUUAUAAAUUCGGCAUCACAGAGUCUGACUGGUACCGGAUUAAGCAGAGUAUAGACUCGAAAUGCCGGACAGCCUGGCGGCGGAAACAGCGAGGCCAAAGUUUGGCUGUAAAAAGCUUUUCGCGACGGACGCCCUCUUCUUCCUCGUAUAGUGGCUCAGAGAGCACGCAGAGCACCGUGUCGGCCCCAAAUGAAAUUCAGGCCAACCAACCCCAGGCGCUUCAUUAUGCUUUGGCCAACGCCCAGCAAGUCCAGAUUCACCAGAUAGGAGAGGACGGCCAAGUGCAAGUAAUCCCACAGGGACAUCUCCACAUAGCACAGGUGCCACAAGGAGAGCAGGUCCAGAUCACGCAAGACAGCGAGGGUAACUUGCAGAUCCAUCAGGUUCACGUUGGGCAAGACGGCCAGGUGCUUCAAGGUGCCCAGCUGAUUGCAGUUGCUUCUUCUGAUGCUGCAGCUGCUGGUGUGGAUGGAUCCCCACUUCAAGGGAGCGAUAUCCAGGUCCAAUACGUCCAGCUGGCCCCGGUGACAGACCACUCCGCUGCUAAUCCAAACACAGACUCCCUUCACUCAGCCAUCCAGCCAGAAAUGCAAAUAGACCACGGAGCCAUUCAGAUUCAGUAGGACAAGGUGACACGGAGGCCACCAUCUCAGCUCGUGGACGACAGCGGAAGAUUCCGGUUCACGGAGCCAGUUUGUCGUUUCUGCUCAGCCUGCAGGACGUUUCCGGGACCUUUCCUGUACAUAUGAGUGUGGUCUGUCUCCUCUGACCCGGUUUGUACGGAACCACUGGCAGAUCUGAUGGACCAAGUUGUGGCGGAACUGCCACCCUUCCACUCCGUUCCUAGGAGACGUGGUUUAAUUGUGGGGGGGGGGGCUCAGCCUCGCGGGAAGGAAGAUUUAGCUAACUUUCAUUAAUCCAACUAUUUCGAGUGAUGCCAGGCCGCCACAGUUUCUUCUCCUCCCUGCAAAUAUCCCCAGAUGUCUUCUCAGAGAGAGGGUUGCCUUGCAACGCAUCCCUUGUCACUCAGAAAGAAUCAAGAGUGCAAAUAUAUUUUGCUGUGGAAAGAAGUUUUUUUUAAAAAAAAAAUUGCUAUGUUUGUAAUAACAAAGAGAGAGAGAGAGAGAUGUAUUUAAAAAGGCGAAGGUGGGACGGAGGCAGGCCCACCAUCAUAAAUGUUAGCUUCUUUUGCUGCUGGUUUUCCCGUUUCAGUGUAAUUAUAAAAAAAAAAGGAGGAAAAAAAAAAAGCAUACAAGCAGAAACUUUGCCUCUUUGAGGGGGGGGAUGGG